AUGAUAAAAGAGAAAUUGUUAAAAUUUUUAAAUUACUAUUAUUUUUUUAAAAAGUAUUACAUUUAUCAUAUCCUUUUUUUGUAUAUAUUUUUUUUAAGAAUAACCUAUACCUAUGCUGAAAUAACGAUAUCUCAAUUUUAUACAUUUUUGUUAAGUAAAUAUGAGAAUGUGGAGAAUAGUAGAAGAGAGGAUAAUUUUUUUUAUUACUUUACUCAUUUUUUUAAUUUUAAUUCAAGAUGUGACGAUAAAUUUUUAAAUACGAAAUUAUUUGUUGUAGUAUAUUUACCAAUAUGUUUAAAAUGUUUUUAUACUCUUUUUUUUGAUUAUGUAGCUUAUUAUAUAUAUAUACGUUAUUAUUUUAAUAAAAUAAAUAAUGAUUUCAGGAAUUUUUUUUUUUCAUCUCUUUCUUAUGAAAAUAUACAAGUAUCAAAUAAUUCUGUUUGUAAAAAUGCUUUACAUAUUGUAAAAAAGGUUAGAUCUAAUAGUAUUAAUAAAUUAAAAAGGGAAAAAAAAGGAAUCAAAAAAAAAAAUGAGGUUAUGAAUAAUUACAUGAGAAAUAGGUUUUCUCAGAUGUCUUUUGAAGAGUAUAAAAAAUAUUGUAGUUUUUUAAAACGAACACAUAAAAAAAAAAAAAAAAAAAAAAAGGGGAAUUCCUUUAUUUAUAUAAAUGGGAAAAAAAAGCUUAGUUCAUUUGGAAAAACAGGUUAUAGAAAGAGUGUAUAUAAUAAAUACAAAAAUAAAAAUAGGAGAAAAUAUAAUGAUAACACAUUUAAUAAUAUAACAUAUGAUAUAUCUUCUAAUGAAUAUAAUAGUAAUUUCAUUCGUAAAAAUGUAUCUCUUGAUGAGGUUAAAAUGAAGAUAAUGAAAUAUGAUGAGGAAUUUAUGAAAAAUAAUCGUUUAUUAUAUGAGAAGGACCAAGGGCAUGGCGGUGGAAAUGGUUUGUUUAAUAAUUUAUUUAAAAAUAGAAAGCAUAUAUUUUUUAGAAGAAAAAAUAAAAAUAAAAUAAUGGACAAGAACAACAAUAAUAAUAAAUAUAAUAAUAAUGAAUAUAAUAAUAAUAAAUAUGAUAAUAAUAAUAUGAAGAAUGUGAAUAAUUGGGAUGAAGUAAUUUUUAGUAAGUUUUUAAAAGAUAAAUUCAAAAUGAUUAAAAAGAAAAAUGAUAUACACAGUAUUAAUGAAGAUAGAAAUAGAAAUGAAUAUUUUUUAGAAAAUAAUAUAAAUAAGGAGAGAACUAAAAAUAAUAGUAUGAAUAGUUGGGGUAUUUUAAAUUAUUUAUUUUUUAAAAAAAGUAAUGAUAGUAAUAUUAGUUAUGAAGGCUUACAUGAUGAUACUAGUAAUGAGAAUCAUCAUUAUAAUAAGAUUCAUAAAAAUGUGAAUAAUAUAUACAAUGUAGAUAAUACAACAUUUAAUCAAUGUUAUAAUAAUGAAUAUAAUAAUUCGUCUGUUUUGUGUUCUAAGGAUUAUGAUGAAAUAUAUAAGAAGGACAAAGGAUCUGAUGAUGAGAAGGAAAAGCUAUUAAAUUUUCGUUUAGAUAAAAAUAAUGGGAAAAAUCAAAAAAAAAGUGAAAAUACUGAUAAUAUGGUAAAUGUAAAAGGUGUUAGUACAAAGAAUUAUUUCAUAAAUUUUUAUAAUAAUUUACAAACCGAUAACUUUCUUAUGAAUGAAGAAAAUGACUUUGAUGUUUAUACAAAAGGAGAUAUUAAUAAAGAGCAAAUAAAUGUCCAUAAUAAAUCAUAUAAUGAAGAUAUAAACGAACAAAAAAAAAUGAGCCAAAAGGGUAAAAAAAGUAAAAGGGGUAAAAAGAGUAAAAAGGGUAAAACGAGAGUACUAGAUACCAAUGUUGAUAUAGAUGAAAAUGGAUAUAACGAUGGAACUAUUAUAUUGAAGGAAAAUGCUGAUAAUAAUAAUAAUAAUGAUAAUAAUAAUAAUAAUAAUAAUGAUAAUAAUAAUGAUAAUAAUAAUAGUGAUAAUAAUAAUAAUGAUAAUAAUAAUGAUAAUAAUAAUAAUAAUCAUAAUAAUAAUGAUAAUAAUAAUAAUGAUAAUAAUAAUAAUGAUGAUAAUAAUAAUUAUAAUAAUAAUUAUAAUAAUAAUUAUAAUAAUAAUUAUAAUAAUAAUUAUAGUUAUGAUUAUAAUAAUUAUAACAGUAGAAACAAUUUUGAUAUGUCCUACUUAAAAAGUAAUAUAAUGAAUAAUUAUAUUAAAGGAGAAAAAAAGAAUGAUUAUAAAAAAAGAAAUAACACAGAAAAUAUAAAUGAAUGUGAUAAUUAUGAUUAUAACGAAAUAAACGAAGAUUUAAAUGAGAGUCAGAAAAUGUGUUAUAGGAGUUUAAGAGGUAGCUUACAUAUGGAAUAUAUAUUUAAAGAUAGUUAUGAAUUAUUAGAUGAUAAUGAAUAUAAUGAAUAUUAUUAUUAUAAUAAAUUUAAAAGUUUUUAUUAUGAAAUAGAUGAAGAAAAUCAGACAUGUUCUAAUAUAAAAGAAAUAAUAAAUAAUAAGAUUAAUGCUGAAUUUUAUCAUUUAAAAUUAAAUAUACUUAUAUUGUCUUGUAUUAUAAUCCAGAUAUUUAAUUCAUUUAUUUUGAUUCUUAUUUCUAAUAAUUUUAUUUUAAAAAGAGAAAGAAUAUAUUUUUUUUGUUUUUUAUAUUCUUUAUUAGAAAGUGUAACCGAUGUUAUAUCAGACAAUAUUUUUUUUUUAUGUGGUAAAUUUACGAAUAUAUAUAAAAAAGAAUUUAGUAUUAAUUCUAUAUAUAUAAUACAAGUAAUAAGUAAAAUGGUUUUAAGUGUUUCUACUAUUUUUAUCUAUUUUAUAUAUCACAUAUUUGUUAUUUUAUUUAAUGAGGUGAAUAUAAUGAUAAUAAAUACAUUAAUUAAGGCCCUUUCGAUUUUUGUGCUUUCAUUUAUAUUUCUUAAAAACAAGGAUAAUAUAUUUAGUUAUUAUUAUAAUGACAAGUAUGUACAUUUGAAUAAUUUUUUUCAAAAACGAAAUGGGGUAGUUGGAAAGUUGGACGGUAGAAGGUUGGAAGCUCUUAUGCGUAGGGAGCUUAACGAUCCUAUGGUAAAAAGAGGUUUGUAUGUUUCUAGGGGUAAUAAUAUAAUAAGUGGAUUUCAACAAAAUGAGGAAGUAAAAAGUGAAAUCGUUAACAAUGAUAAUAAUAAAAACGGAGCGCAAAAAAACGGAGCGCAAAAAAAUGGAGCGCAAAAAAAUGGAGCGCAAAAAGAUGGGGAGCAAAAUAAUCGAUGUGAUGUUAAUUUGAACGUAAACUAUUUAAAUGGUAAUAAUAAAAAGAUUAUACCUAGUAAUACAAGUGAUUUAUCGUUUAAGGAUAUCUAUAAAUAUGACGCAUAUAUCAAGGAUGCUUAUGUGAAAAAUGAAGAGCUAAAUUAUUCACCUAUGAGCAAGGGAGAUAUAAAUAAUACAUUCAUAAAAGAUGAAGAUUUAUUAAAUAGUACUUUUGCUAAAGGAGACUAUAGUAAAAAGGUUACGAGAAAUGGUUAUAAUAUAUUUUUUAUGGAUAAAUUAAAAUGUGUAUUAGAAGUUUUAAACAUUUUUAAAUUCAUAUCAAGAAUAAAAAGUUAUUUGUGUAAAAGAAAUAGAAUGGCUUACGAUUUUAAUUAUACCUUAUUAAAUGUAAAGAGUGUAAAAUAUGAUGAGAAUAAAAUAUAUGAUAAUGGGAAAUAUGGAAAGGAAAAAAAAAAAAGAAAAAAAAGUAAAUUAUAUAAAAAAUAUGGGGAAAAUGAGAACUUAAAUUUUGAAAUAAAAAUUCCCACAAUAAAAAAUAUAAAAGAUUUAUUUUGUGUGAAUAAUAAAUUCGAUUGGUCUUGUAGUAUACCAAAUAAUGAUAUGAUUAAAAAUUGUAAAAAGCCUUUACUAAAUGAUAAUAUAAAUAUGAAUAAUACAUGGAUUAUUAAUAAUAAUAAUAAUAAUAAUAAUAAUAAUAAUAUAAAGAAGAAAAAUAAUAUAAAUAAAAAAAAAAAAAUAAUAAUAAAUUAUCCUCUUAAAUUAUUAUUAAAUAAUUUAAAUUUUUCGAAUAUUUUCUAUAUAUGUUUAUUAUUAAUUAUACCAACAUUUGAAAGAAUAUUUUUAAAUUAUAAAAUAAAAAACAUUACUCUAGAUCUUCAUUCUUAUUGUUAUCUCAAUAUAGUAAAUUAUAUAACUGACUUAAUAGGUUUGUAUAUAUAUAUAAGUUAUUUUAAUGAGGAAUCUUAUUCUUCCUCAAUUUUUUUAAGUUCACUUAUUAAUAUAUUCUUGUUGUCUUUACGCUUUCUCUUUUUGUAUAAGAAGUUUAACCAGCUAGGUUUAUUG